AGCCAUUUCCAAUUACAUAAUUAGGGCUUUGACCGAGGGCCAAGAAAGGGGAGACCUAACGAUCUUGUAAGCUGUUUUGCAUACGGCAUAUCGCCAAAUGGCGCUAAUGGGUCCAGUAAACAGAUCUUAGCUUUGGACACAAAUCAAUGGAUUUAUGAAAGAAGCUACCAGAAAGCCGAAAACAGUCCGACAGAAAAUUUAAAUAAAUGAUUUCGGUUUCUUUGGAGUCAGUCUCUCCAGCGACCUGGUAAACAAAAGAAGUCGGACAAAAGAAAAAGAGAUGCGAUAGAGCUGCUGGAGAAAGAAACCCAAGAAGAGAGCUCUGGGGCUGCAGAGACCAAGCCAGAGAGCAGAGCUCUCGGGAUCGAAUCGGAUCGCCUUGUUUACUUGCCUCGCCUCGCAUCGCAUUUACUUUCAUUUUUGAGGGGGCUAUAAAAAGCGAAAGCAGAGCGCUGGAUUUGCUCAUAAAGACCGCAAAACUGCAAAAGUCCACUACGGAAUCAGCCCCGAAAAAAGGAUUAGCACCAUGGUUAGACCCAUCUACCUGGCCCUCGCUGCCCUGCUCGUCUUGGCCUGCUCUGUGAGUGCAGCUCCCGUGGCGGAGUCCGAGAUCGAUGCCAGUCCCGAGUUCCCAGCCUCAAGGCAGGCUGUGCCGGAGAAGGAGGAGGAGGAGCAGGUCCACAAUUCAAGUGCGGACAGCAGUGAGGAGCAUGAGGAUGACGAUGAGGAUGAGGAGGGAGCCCACAAGGCAGCCGAGAAGAGCAAGGAGGAUGAUGAUGAUGAUGACGACGAGAACGACGACGACGAUGACGAUGACUCCCUGAUAAGACGACGUCGUGAGGCGGAGACCACCGAGGAACCGGCGGAGGAGACAGCCACUGAAACUCCCACCGAGGACCAGAAGGUGGAUGCCACCACAGCUGCGGCACCUGUGCGGAAGCCAGUGCUUGUGCUCAUCCGCGACGCCCUGAAGAAGGUCACCACCGACCUGCCUACCGCCCAGGUGGCCAACAAUGCCCUGCAGUACUUCCAGCAGUUCGAGCACUUCAUCCAGCAGGCCAUCGAGGAGGUAAUUGGUGAUGAUGACGAUGAGGAGGAGACCCCGGUGACCAUAAUCCCGCAGACGGAAGCGGAAGCAGGAACGGAAUCCAUUGUUGAGGAGAUCAAGAAGCCCGAAGGAGAGAGAGCCCGGAAAAGAGUCCAGAGGUUGUGGCACCCCUUGAAGUUCCCGAGAAGAUGCCUCAGGUCACUGAGUCCACCUCCUCCACUUCUGCUCCCCUGAGCAAUGCUGUCUAGUUCACGGAUCAAGUUCCACGCACCUUUUCUCAGCUAUUUAUUGUCAAUUAUUUAUUGCUAGCUAUAAUAUAUGUACUAAAUAUGCCAUA